AUCCACUGGCUGGCAUCUGGAUCCGCCCCUAGUCCUCUGUUUGCAGAUCUGUUUCAUAUGACUAUUUGCCGAACGUAUUUUGCUGCAAUCAAGGGGAAUUCGUUAGCAGCAGCAUAUCAAGUUAGGUGAAAUGAUUGAAGAGGAUGACGUGAUGAUUAUUGCUCUGACUAGUCAACUGAGUUUUUACGUGCACGUAUUCAUCUAUUCUUCUCUUCCCCUGUGCAUAUCUCUCUCCCUUGCUUGCGUAGAUGAAUUCCUUGUUAUCUUCUCCACUCUGCUUCCGGAUGUAAAUUUCUUGUUAAAGGCUGUGGCUUUUUUCUUGUGUGUCAUAUGUGGAAGAAGGCAGGAUUCUUGUAUCUUGUGCAAUUGGAGAUAGGCAAUAGUCUUCUUGUUUGCUUGCUUGUUCUUCCUGAUUUUUGCUCUUUUGAACUAGAAAGGUCUGUUCCUUUAGUAGACCAGUCAUGGUUUAAAAAGAAGGGAUAAUACCAAUCAUGGAUUUGAGGAUUUUCAUAUAUAUCAAUUUCUCAUUUGGGUGUGAUCGUUCUAUGAGAUAGAAGAAAGGGCAGACUGAAGUAGAAUUUGAGCUCUGGUGGAUCUGAACGAAAAGUGGCAUGAGAAGAAGUUCGGAAAUUUCCAUGAAAGCUUCGUCAUCCAUGGCAAGUGAGGCAUCAAGGAAUACUGACCCUGGCCAACAGGGUGUACGUUACAACUCCAUGGACCUGCCUUAUUUUGCAAGACCUGGCCAAUCAAUCCCUAGCUGUCCUCCAUUCUUUGCUCCUCAGUCUUCCAGUUUUUGUGUUCCUGAUGACAGUGGAGCUAAAGUGGGCAAUCCGUUUGAAUCGGAUCCUUCACUGAACACUCCUAUAUCAGAUUGGGAUCCUCAGGCAAUGCUGAGCAACCUAACCUUCCUUGAGCAGAAGAUCAAGCAGGUUAAAGAUAUUGUGCAGUCCAUGAGUAAUCUAGGGAGACCAGUUGUUGGUGGUUCUUGCGAGCUUGCAGCAAAGCAGCAGCUCGUCACUGCUGAUCUCACUUCUAUUAUAAUUCAGCUUAUCUCAACAGCUGGUUCUAUGCUUCCUUCCAUGAAGAGCCCUCUCCUUAGCAGCAAUCCAGCGGUCAGGCAACUCAACACUUAUGGUUCUCCCAUGGGCUUUGGCUCGGUUGGGAAUCAGCGGCCAAGCACAAACAGGGAGGAGACAAUUCCUGACAUGACCAAGACCUCUGAAUAUGAGGAGCUGAUGAGUACCAUAACUACAACUCAUGAUGUGAAGGAUGAUCUGGUCAAAUGCCCAAAUCCUUGUGGCGGGGAAGGGUCUGAACCUAUUCCAAUGGAAGACCAUGAUGUGAAGGAGAGUGAUGAUGGUGGUGAGGCAGAGAAUCUCCCCCCCGGUUCUUAUGUGGUUUUGCAAUUGGAGAAAGAGGAGAUUUUAGCACCACACACUCAUUUCUGUGUGAUAUGUGGAAAGGGUUUCAAGAGAGAUGCUAACCUACGGAUGCACAUGAGGGGCCAUGGAGACGAGUACAAGACUCCUGCAGCUCUUGCUAAACCCAUGAGAGAUUCUGGCUUGGAUCAUACACCAGUUACAAGGUACUCUUGCCCAUUUGUCGGUUGCAAGCGGAACAAAGAGCACAGGAAGUUCCAGCCUCUCAAGACAAUCUUGUGUGUGAAGAACCACUACAAGAGAAGCCACUGCGACAAGAGCUAUACCUGCAGCCGAUGCAACACCAAGAAGUUCUCGGUUAUCGCGGAUUUGAAGACUCACGAGAAGCACUGCGGGCGCGACAAGUGGCUCUGCUCGUGCGGAACGACCUUCUCAAGAAAGGACAAGCUGUUUGGGCAUGUUGCGCUUUUCCAAGGCCACACACCUGCUCUUCACAUGGAUGAUAUCAAAGCAACAGGAGCUUCGGAGCAGCCUCAGGGUAGCGAGGCUGCGAUGGAUGACAUGGUAGGGAGCGCAGGGUAUAACUUCCCUGGGAGCACAUCCGACGGUAUUCAAAAUCUCGACAUGAAAAUUGCUGAAGAUACGCGUGGCUAUUUCUCGCCAUUGAACUUCGAUCCAUGCUUCGGCGCGCUCGAUGACUUCACUCGCCCUGGAUUCGACAUCUCUGAGGAUCCAUUCUCUUUUAUGCCCUCGGGACCAGGGUCAUGUAGCUUUGGGCAGCCUAGUGGAGAAAGCUGAUGAAGGUACUGUCAGCGACAAUUGCUUUGUCAAUCAUUGUGUGAUGUUAUGAUGCUGGCCUAGUUCUCCCUCUAUUCAGGGAGCCAUUUUGGCCCAUGCAUGUUCCUUAAGUGUACUUUUAUGUUGUUGUUAUCAAUAAUGGUAAUGAACUUCCCUAUA